UUUUCUGUGAGGCCGUCACUCUGGUCGAACCGGCACAUUUAUGGCAAAGCAUUGCUCUCUUAUACUCCAAAAAUAUUGGUAUUAUAGCAGAGUUUAGUAAGUAAAGUAGUGAUUAUAAGAUGAACAAUCUUAUUUAUUCUUUAAGUGUUGGAGAGCCAUGCUUCGGCACGAAUGGGCCGGCUCGACCAAAAUGAUAUCACGGCCGAGCAGAAAACCGACGUGAAACAACGUUUGCGUUAUGUGAGUGAGGAAACCGGAAGCCUAAUUACCCGCCUACCCAAUCCACGAUUCCCUAACAACCCUUAAAUUCCUAACCCCAUAAAGACCGGCAAUACACUUGCAACGGGAGUUUCGGGUGUCCAUGGGCGGCGGCGAUUGCUUACCAUCAGGUGAUCCGUCUGCACGUUUACCGGCUUGUUCCAUAAAAAAAGUAAAAUAGUGAUUAUAAGAUGAACUUACUAACUGAUACUUUGAUAAUUGUUCGCAUAAAACUGACUGUUCAGAAAUAAUUUAUGUUAAUUGCCGAAUAUGAAGUGGUUUGUGUUCAUCGGUAUACUAUCAGUGGCUUCUAGCAAACACGAGAAAUAUAUAGGAUGGAAAUCCUAUUACAUCAAACUGUCUACCGCUGUCCAGUCCAAGGCCUUAGGUCCUAUGGAGCAGAUGUAUGAGCUGGACUUCUUGAGCCACCCAGCCAAAGGUCGCGAGGGUGUGGUGCUGGUGAAGCCACAGCAUCAGGCUGCAUUUGUCAAGGAGUUGGAUGCUGAAGGCAUAGCGUAUAGGAUCCACGUUGAUAAUGUGAAGAGAAAACUGGACUACGAUGACCAGCUCAUACAAGCAAUGAAAAGAGCCACAGCACCGAGGAACAAAAGCCACCAUCAACUAUCCUUCUAUAACUACCACGACCUUCAAGUGUUCGAAGAUUACCUGGACUAUAUAGCAAAGAGAUAUCCUAAAAUUGCCACCGUAGUUACUGGAGGUUAUUCCUUCAAUAACAACUCAAUUGAAUAUAUAAAGAUUUCCACCACGAACUUCGAAGACAAGACCAAACCAGUCGUGGUCAUAGAUGGAACUAUUCACGCCAGGGAGUGGAUCACGGCACCCACUGUUGCUUGGGCCAUACACAAGCUGGUGGAAAAUGUGACUGAACCUGACCUGCUGGACAGGUUCGACUGGAUCCUCGUGCCCAUUGCCAAUCCUGAUGGAUACAAGUACAGUUUUGAUUAUGAUCGUUUUUGGCGCAAGAACCGUUCUUUUGAUGACCAUCCAGUCAGUUUCGUAUGCCGAGGCGUAGACCUGAACAGGAAUUUCGACAUCAAAUUCAACACACACACAGCAGAUGAAACAUACACCGAUAAUUGCGAAGAGACCUUCCAAGGCACUCACGCCUUCUCCGAGCCAGAAACCAGAGUCAUCAGGGACAUAUUACAAGAGAACUUGGCUCGAGUAGCCCUUUACAUCAGUCUACAUAGUUUCGGUAGUGUGAUCAUGUAUCCAUGGGGAUAUGAUGGGACUCUAUCCUAUAAUGCUGGAGAUCUCUACAGUGUAGGGAAAGCCAUGGCCGCUGCUAUCGACAGUAACGCUCUGCCAUAUUUCCCAAGGUACGAUGUCGGAAAUAUUGCUCAGAUCAUGUAUCGCUCGACUGGUGCUUCGACUGAUUACGCUCAUUCUAUUGGGGUGCCUUUAGCCUACGCCUUUGAGUUACCUGGUCUUUCUGACACAGAUAAGGGCUUCCAUUUGGAGCCAUCACUCAUUAAACAGGUUUGCCAAGAAACGUGGGAGGGUUUCGUCGUAGGCGCGAGGCGAGCUGGUGAUUUAUUCCCGAAUAAAAAUUAAGGUUUC